AUGGCAUCCGGCCUCGCCGAGGCGCAUAAAAUGCUCAGGAACCGAGGUAAUCAAAACGGCAUCAUCUUGUUCUUCUCCGAUGGGUUGAUAAACAAGGGAGACUUCUUUGAUGGAACGGAGAACUUCAAGUCAGAAGUCCCUGUGCACACGUUUACUCUUGGCGGGGACGCAUAUAAUGAGGGUCUCCAAGCCAUUGCGGAUAAUUCCCGGAGUGGGAUGUUCCACCCCGUUCCUGUUCCAGAUAGACCCGAGCUCUCAGUGCGCUUCUCAGAAAUACUUGAUAGCCUCCUUUUGGGCACCAAGAGGAACUGA